AUGGAGCAGCCAUAUUUGCAGUACGGCCCAAGCCAUAACAGCCACAAUGAACUGAGCCCCUUCCCCGAAGCUGAGCCGCGAAGCAUGGACUGCUCAUACACUAUGGGGCCUUCUUCUACCUACACCGGAGAAUGGUUUCAGCCCACGUUGCAUCCAGAUUCCGUCGCCCCCAUCUAUCAGCCUUUGCCAUAUCUAGGCACGACCUCCGGCGCCAUGUCACACUACGAUCCCAACCAUCUGGUCGAGGCCAGCAACACGCAUAUUCUCGCGCACUCAACACCACCAAUGAUGCAGGCAGCGGUGCCGUCGCCCAGCUGGGAGCUUCUGAGCUCCAGCGAGGGCUCUCAGAGCCCGGCAGAAGAACGCGAGGAGGAGGUCUGGGAGCCGGAAGACCUUCGCCGGAUGGGUUAUCUCGACGCCAGCGGCAACUGGCGCUGCAAGUUUGAGGGGUGUCGAUCCUCACGCGUAUUCAUGCGUGCGUGCGACCUGAGGAAACACUUUCGUGGACACGAUAAAUACUUUUUCUGCACGGAGAAGCCUUGUGCAAAUGCCGGUGUGGGAUUUGCGACUCGGAAGGACUAUCAGCGACAUAUGGGCUCCCACAGGCCGACGAUCAAGUGUCCCCAUCAAGAUUGUGGGAGGAUCUUUAGUCGAAAAGACAAUAUGGUACCGAGAACACUUCAAAAAGAUUCACUUGCGGCUGCGAAACAAUUUGUUUCCUCGGCCUUGCCGCCGGCCUCGUCGUGGCGAGCGAUUAAAGUCCCCUAUCCUUAA